AAAGUAGAGUUUCUCUUUUGUUCGUAUGUUGUUUACAGUUGCCGCAUUUGUUUUGAAAACAUUUUUGAAGCUGAAUAUGUUUUCCUAUGAUAAAAAAUUGUAGUUAUGUCGACUGGGAUGCUUAGUUUUUAUAGAAAGUUUCUCGUGACGUGCACCUCAUCCAAAACAAAUAUCCGCCUCGUUACAUAUUCGGUUCUGAAAUCAAGACGAAAAUGUGUGAAAAGUUGUGUCCUGUAUUCUCAGAUUCGUGGAAAGAAGGACGAUUCAAAUUUAUCACAUUUGUUUGUGCCUGUACCUAUAAAACCGAAUCCAGAUGACAUCAAUGUUGGAGAAGAGUUGACAGGCACUCUUAACAAACGUGAUUUAUUGAAAGUGUUAAACCAAUUUUAUCAGAAGAAAGAAAUCAAACUACUCGCCUUAGAAAAUGGGCUAGACAGUUACCUCCUGCAUCAGGCUUAUGUUAACUUUCGUCAGUAUUGCGUGGAAGCAGCUACACUGCCUGUCGACCUGCACGUUGUUAUAAGUGAUAUUUUACAGGGCGCAGGACAUAUUGAUGACAUAUUUCCAUAUUUCAUACGUCAUGCGAAACAAAUGUUCCCACAUCUUGACUGCAUGGACGAUUUAAAGAAAAUAAGUGAUCUCAGAACGCCUGCCAACUGGUAUCCAAAUGCAAGGUCAUUAACGAGGAGAAUAGUAUUCCAUGCAGGGCCUACAAACAGUGGGAAAACGUACCAUGCACUUGAAAGGUUCCUCGCUGCAAAAUCAGGAAUAUAUUGUGGCCCCCUGAAAUUACUGGCAUCUGAAGUUUUCAAGAAAGCCAAUGAAAGGGGAACACCCUGCGAUCUUGUGACAGGAGAAGAAAGAAAAUAUGCUGAUCCAAAUGGAAAUCCUUCUGGUCACGUUGCAUGCACUGUGGAAAUGUCUUCAGUCACUACACCUUAUGAAGUGGCCGUGAUUGAUGAGAUACAGAUGAUACGUGAUAUGGGAAGGGGUUGGGCCUGGACAAGAGCUCUGCUUGGCUUAGUUGCUGAUGAAAUCCAUGUAUGUGGUGAGGAAGCUGCUGUGGAACUGAUACAAGCACUGAUGACAACAACUGGUGAGGAUGUUGAGGUCCGGAGAUACAAGCGGCUGACUGAACUGGAGGUACAGGACACUGCAGUGGGUACACUGGAAGCUGUCCAACCUGGAGACUGUAUAGUUUGCUUCAGCAAAAGUGACAUUUAUGCCGUGUCCAGAGGCCUGGAAGCCCUUGGCAGAGAGGUUGCAGUCAUUUAUGGUGGUCUUCCUCCAGGCACAAAACUUGCCCAGGCACAGAAGUUUAAUGAUCCAGAAAACCCUUGCAAAAUACUAGUUGCAACUGAUGCUAUUGGAAUGGGACUCAACUUGAGCAUCCAGAGAGUUGUAUUUUAUUCAUUAAUCAAACCUUCAGUGAAUGAAAAAGGAGAGAAAGAAAUGGAUACAAUAUCUGUCUCACAGGCAUUGCAGAUUUCAGGACGGGCUGGUAGAUAUGGCACCCAGUUUGAUAAGGGAUAUGUUACAACAUUCAAACCUGAAGAUUUGAUCACACUGAAAUCCCUCUUAGCUCAGAAGCCAGAAACAAUAACACAAGCUGGUUUACACCCCACAGCUGAGCAGAUAGAGCUGUAUGCUUAUCAUCUACCAAAUUCUACAUUAUCUAAUCUAAUGGAUAUAUUUGUAACACUGUCAACUGUGGAUGAUUCUUUGUACUUCAUGUGCAAUGUGGAAGAUUUUAAAUUCCUGGCAGACAUGAUACAGCAUGUUCCUCUUCCACUCCGUGCACGGUACGUUUUUUGCUGUGCUCCUAUAAACAAGAAGAUGCCUUUUGUGUGUACAAUGUUCCUCAAGUUUGCAAGGCAGUAUAGCAGAAAUGAACCUCUAACAUUUGACUGGCUGUGUCGAAAUAUUGGAUGGCCAGUUAUGAAACCAAAGACUAUUAUAGAUUUGGUUCACUUGGAAGCAGUAUUUGAUGUCUUAGAUCUUUAUUUGUGGCUUAGUUAUCGCUUUAUGGACUUGUUUCCUGAUCCUGUGCUCGUUCGAGACAUUCAAAAGGAACUGGACGCUGUCAUCCAGGAAGGUGUUUUCCAGCUUAUGCGGUUGCUUCGAAACUCCGAGACAUCUGUGAGCAGUGGCUCUGCUGCAGCAGCAGAUGAAGAUGACUUCGCUAUUCACCAACAGAAGCAUUCAUAUUUACGGGGGCGCAAAAGUGGGAGUUCUCAAUUAAUGGGUCAUGGAAAACUAACAGAAAGGCUACUAGCACAAGGUCUGCUUACACCAAGUAUGCUUCAGGAGUUGAAAAAAGAAUGGAGUCAGCAGACCUAUGAUGAUGAUAGUGAUGAUGAUCCCACAGGCAAGCAACCAACCAAAAGAUCUAGGAGGAAAAAAAAGAAAUGAAGAUACUGAAGAUACCAAUAUUUAUAUUUGUGUGUGUUAAUUGCUCAUUACAAAUUGAAAUGAAUUUUUGUGAUUUGUAAAUAAACAUGAUACUAUAAAAAUGUGAA